UUAUCAAGCCCUGGUUUAGGCCACCUUAUUCCAGUCGUGGAGCUUGGAAAGUGCCUACUGACACUCAAUUUCAAGGUAACCAUCUUUGUUGUUUCUUCACGAACAUCAGCCGCGGAAUCACAGGUGAUCGAAUCAUUUAUAAGCUUGAACCGGUGUGAAGUUAUUCUUCUCCCUCCACCAGAUAUCUCCCACCUUGUCAAGCCGGAUGCUGCAGUUGUUACUCGAUUAGCAGUUCUUAUGCGCGAAACUAGACCGGCGUUUUCAUCUGCAUUAUCUGCUUUGAGUUUCGCUCCCACUGUUCUCAUCGUUGAUUUGUUCGGAUGUGAACAUAUGGAGGUUGCUGAUGAGUUCAAGAUUCAAAAGCUUGUUUACAUUACUAUGAAUGCAUGGUUUCUUGCAUUAACUUUAUAUCUUCCGAUUCUCCAUGAAAGUGUGAAAGGAGAGUAUGUUGAUGAGAAGAAUGUUUUGUUUAUCCCCGGAUGUAAGCCUCUUCUGCCUGAAGAUGUAGUCGAUCCGAUGUUAUCUCGGUCGGAUCAACAGUACUGGGAAUAUUUAAAUAUGGCCAUUAAAACCCGAAUGGCUGAUGGGAUUUUGCUUAACACAUGGGAGGAACUGGAACCAACAACGCUUGCUGCUUUGCGAGAUCACAAACUUUGGGGUGGCAUCAGCAAGGUUCCAGUAUAUCCAGUAGGGCCAUUGGUACCGCCGACAAGACCGAUUAACUCGAACAAAACUGAACUAUUUGAUUGGUUAGAAAAGCAACCGAGUGAAUCCGUGUUAUAUAUAUCAUUUGGGAGUGGUGGGUUGCUGUCAAAUGAGCAAAUGCGAGAACUGGCUUUGGGUUUAGAGCUAAGCCAACAGAAGUUCAUUUGGGUGGUUCGACCUCCAGCCGAGUCCAACGACGGCUCAUUUUUCACCACCGGCAAUUCAAGCAACGACGAUGAAGGAGUAGAGAGCUAUUUGCCUGAAGGAUUCUUGGACCGGACCAAAGGCGUGGGUUUCAUCAUCUCCGAUUGGGGUCCACAAGUUGAAAUUUUAAGGCAUGAAUCGGUUGGGGGAUUCCUGUCGCACUGUGGGUGGAAUUCGAUCUUGGAAAGUAUCAUCAAUGGAGUACCGUUGAUAGCUUGGCCCUUGUAUGCAGAGCAGAGAAUGAACGCCACAUUGUUGGCUGAAGAAGUGAGAAUAGCGGUGCGACCGAAAACGCUGCCAGGAAGGGAAAUCGUGGGAAGAGAGGAGAUAAAGAUGAUGCUGAAAACGUUAAUGGUGGAUGAAGAAGGGCAUGCAAUGAGAGGUAGAGUCAAAGAGCUUAAAUCGAGUGGAGAAAGAGCUUGGAAUGACGAUGGUUCUUCUGCGAAAGCAUUGGCUCACUUACUGCGUUAGAAUUUUUUUCUUUCUGUUUUAAAUUGUAAUACGAGUCUCUUGAAGAAACUUGUGCUAAAUAAAAGCUUGUUUUAAUAGAGUUA